GGACGUGAUUGCCUGUUUACUCAAACGCCUACCCUAGGUACCUAGGUAGCAUAUAAAUGUAAUUAACCUUUUCGUUUAUCCUUGGCCAUCUCGUACCUUCCAUCACCAUCGUAUAGUUAUCUUCUUCUAGUCGGAAAGGGGGAAAGAACAUAAAUUCACCUGUUCCCUUACCCAAACCAUCGUAUCCCAGUGUCAUCUUUCCACCAAACCAUCACCACCUAAUCCAUAGGCAGAAAAAGGACACACUGUUCUUCUACCUUUGCAUUGCACGAUCACUAUAUAUCCCUAUAAUCUAAACCUAGUCUCUCUGUCCUACUCUACACAGUCAACCCCAUUCAACCAGAGUCACAAUGAAGUGGCUUGACAGCCUUCUCCCUCUUGGUAUCCUUACCUCUUUCGUUUCCGCUGCCCCCAUUGUGGAGCGACAGCUCGACCUAUAUGAACUCCAGAUUUCUUGCCCCGCCAACAAAAAACUCGACGGCCGCUUCAUUGGCUUAAAAAACAACACACUUGGUGUCUUCGAUCGAGAUGAUGUCUCGCCCGUCAAGGUCUACACUGUGGAUAGUGAAAAGGAGGGCUGCAAUGAGCUCCACACGUACCCGGUGGGCAUUGUUGACCACUCCAUAGGUCUCUUAGGCCCGCCUGAUCUGUUGACUCUCGUCGAUAUGAUGAACCCGCGCUCUAUCAACCCCGGUGACGGGGAUAUUGCCCAAUGGGACACUUUCCAGCUUUCAGACGGCAAGCUUACCAAUGAUGCUGAAGGCCAAUGGCUAGCAUUCCCGAGUGGUGGCGAUGCUUGGAAGGUCAAAUGGACUGAUGGCUUGGCUGUUGUCACUACCGACUUUAUGGUUGUUGACGUUCUACUCAAGAGUGCUGGCGAGGGUCGCUAUAACGGAGACUGAAAUGGUGGACCCGCGAUAUAGGAUGGGAACCAAGGGUAAAUAAAAGGAAUAUGAUGUAUUAGGUGGGCAGGUAUCGUAUAUAAGGCUCCACGUGUGUAACUCGUAUACAUCCCAGCCACACAUAUUCUAACAAUAUUGAGGCCGCGUAAAACCGCCG